AUGGACCAGGUCGACCAGUCUUCGUUGUCUCACCUUCCCCAAGAAACCACCGCAAAAACCACCACUCCUCCCCCUGAUCAGGAUGCCAAAAGCUCUGAAUCUGAAACCAAUAUCAUUACCACCAAUGCUAACCCUCCAGGCAACACCAGCAGGAAAUGUAAAGGCAAAGGUGGACCUGAUAAUAACAAGUUUAGAUAUAGAGGUGUGAGGCAAAGGAGUUGGGGUAAAUGGGUUGCUGAGAUCAGGGAACCUCGGAAACGUACAAGGAAAUGGCUUGGAACUUUCACUACAGCUGAGGAAGCAGCUCGAGCCUAUGACCGAGCAGCUAUUAUUCUCUAUGGUGCCAGGGCUCAGCUCAAUCUUCAACCAUCCGUCUCUUCCUCCUCUUCUUCUUCUUCUUCAUCUUUUCGUGGUGUUUCUUCUUCCUCCAAUACUCAAACCCUAAGGCCUUUGCUUCCUCGUCCUUCAGGCUUUGAUUUUAGUUUUGCUUCUUCUUCAAAUCCAGCUUCUUUAAUGGGACCAGGGGUUUCUUCUUCAUCAAGGUUUAUGCCAUAUGGGGCUUAUCCAAACCUUUUAAACCCAACCUUAGUUUACCCAAACAUGGUACAAAAUCCCCCACAAGCCUUCCAAAUAAUGCAACAAACUGAACCUAGCCUUGUUGUUAACCCUGGUCAUGAACCCACUGGAACAACCUCUAAUUCAAAUCUUAACCCUCAAGCUCAACAAGUACAUCAGCAUCAUCAUCAAGGUUCUUUGUACGAGGAUAUCAAUUCCCUGGUGGGUUCGGUGGGUUCCAGCUUAUCUUUGUCAGCUCAGACUUCGGUUGCACCAGCGGUUCCGGAUCCAGGUUUAACAGUUGGACCUGGAUCUACAUCCGUCUGGCCUUUAACAAAUGAUGAUGAAUAUCCCCCAGCAUGCAUUUGGGAUUAUGGGGAUCCUAAUUUCUUCUUUGAUUUUUGAUGGGUUAUAUUCAAAGUUUCUUUGGGUUUCCCUACACUGUCUUGCAGUUUUGCAUGCAAGUUUUUUAAGGGUUUUUCUGGAGACUCUUGGCUACAAAUUUCCAUACCUUCAAUGGAGAAUUUCGAUGGAUCUCUUCACGAAAUCAAUUGCAAGCUUCAAUGGAAAUACCAAAUUAUAGAUUCGAAGAGACCC